GCUGAUUAUGAACAAAACCCGCGCAUUGAAAUCGGACACCGUGCAAGUUGGAAUCGGUUUGAGUGAAUUGUUUUUUUUUUUGUUUCCUGUUGGCUGGGUCACAGUGGUCGUUUCCUCCGACAGCUAUUGCUGAAGUGUGAGCUUGGAGCAGUGGGAGGAGACUGUGUUGCAAUUGAAUUUCCAGUGAGACCAAGGGCUCAGAUUGUGAGAUCACAUCCUAGAGUUACUGUAGCCAGCGUGUCUAAUUCGUUGUAGUGUACCCAGAUUUCUGACUGAUUUGUAGCUGACUAAUCUUUUUUUUUUUUUUAAACUCUGAAGAGUCUGCUGUAUUCUCGCGAUCCACGAACCAGUCACUGUAACAUGGGCUUUACAUAGGAGUUUUCCCCUUUAGGGGUUUACCGUUUGCGAUCUUGUGUUGGAAAUACAGUAUACUCGUUAUCGAAACAAUUUUACAGGGAAAGAAUCAAACUGCAAUGUGGGGGAAACUGGUUUCGGGCUAUGGAGACGGAUUUAAUAAUAACUAUGAAACAGAUGCUGAUGUACACUCUCCAGGAUGGUUACCUGGUGCAGAGUCAACAUGGCAGGCAGCCUCCUCCUCCUCCAGCAGCAGUAACCGUGGGAGACGUCUCAGCACACCCUCUGACAGCGGGGACACAGGGAUAGGCAUGUCCUGCUCUGACAGCAUAGAGGACCACUCAAGUUCCAGCACUUUGUCCUUCAAGCCUAUCAAGGCCCAAACGGCCAUUCCCACAGCCCAUGUGAUGCCGUCCACCUCCAGCUUCAAACGCAGCAGCCCGCUGGCCGGGAGCAACUGGAGCUCAUGUCUGACUCUCCCCGCUCGUGGCAGGACAUCGCUUCCGCCAAACACCCCCCUGGACAUGAAGGACCCCAGGCCUAUGAGGAGGUGCGCUUCCCUCACCAAACUCAACAGGCCUGAGAACGGCAGCCCUGGGGGGGAGCCGUAUUUGAAAGGGGAAUCACAGAACUACAAGGAGGGGUUACCGGGCGACAGUGCAAAACUGUACAGCUACAAGCUAAAUGGGAUAGAUCACUUGCACCACACGAUGCAGCACCUGAAGAUGGAGGAUCGCCAGCUCAAUCAAAAUCGGUCCCCAGGCUCCGAACCCCAGUAUAAAUAUGAGAUGUGCAGCAAAGGUGAGGCGAAUACUGCUCCUCCUCUUCCUUCCUUCAAGCCGAAUGCCUUAGACAUGACCUUUAGUGCCUUACCUGAAAGCAAGCCGGUGAUAGCCAGCCACGAGGCCUACGGACAGAAGUAUCUGCCUUUGGGGCACCAGGCUGUGGGGGACUCACCGAUCCAACCAGCUGUAAGGACUCAGAUGUGGCUCAGUGAGCAGGUGCAUGCUAAUCCUGUGGCUUAUAGCAGGCCUGCUGAUGGCUUGUGCGGGAUAACUGCCUGGCAACAUCAACAACAGCUAGAGAAUCUCCGACAAGAUGCUGAAUGGAUGCAGAUUCUUGGUGGAUCCCCUUAUCAAGUAAACACUGUAAUGAAAAUGAAAGAAGACCUGCUGCAGCAGCAGGAGUUGGUGAUUGAUCGGCAGAAGCAGCAGAUCGCCCAGCUACAUCAGAGGAUAGCACAAAAUGAGCUGCGGGUGCAACAAGUAAUCCAGCGUCCACAUGGGAAUUACGAGGAUCCGUACCUAAUUAAACUGAAGGAAUCACAGUAUGAGAAAUCUCCCUUGCAGGCACAUCUGUCAGGAAAAUCAACAGCUGUCCUCUAUGAGAACGGAGAGCUGGAGCACAAGCUUGCUGCAGCACAGCUGCAGGUUCUAAAUCUCCAUGACUUCCUGAAGCAAAACACACACAAGUACACAGAGGAGAUACAGAAAUUGGAAGAGAAGCUGAAAACCAGAGAGAAAUAUGUUAGCAGUGUUAAGAAGAAAUGUCAAAAAGAAUCUGAACAAAACCAGGAGAAACAGCAAAGAAUAGAGACGCUGGAGAAGUACCUUGCAGACCUCCCUUCACUUGAUGACAUACAAACCCAAGCUCAGCAGCUGGAGGUCCUUCAGGAGACGUCCCACAAACUGCAGGAGACAGUUCGUGAUCUGGAGGAGAGGCUAGGGAAAAGCCAGGCUCUCGUCAAGGAGAAAGAGGAGUUUCUUAAGCUCCAGAGGAUAAAGGAGAAGGAGCUAAUCGAUGCUGUGCAGAGCUUGCAGCAGAAAGUGGAGCAGUGCCUUGAAGAUGGUGCCAGACUCCCCAUGUUGAACAUGAAGCAGCUUGAGUGUGAAAAUGAUCGCCUCCAAGAGCACAACAAGCAAAACAAUCAGAUCUUAAACAAUCAAAAGAGACACAUUGAGAAAUUGACAGCAGAAUUGCAAGCUGCAGAGCAGAAGUUAGCGCAGGAAAAAAUCAUCUCCCAGGAGCUCAGGAAUCAGGCAGUUGAAAAGGAACAUGACCAGCAGCAGCUGGCUAAAACUUUGCAAGAGAACCAGAUACUGCUGGAGGAGAACUGUAGCCUGAAAGAGCAGCUUCAGCUUUUCAAUGAGAAGAAACGGCAGUCCUGCAUUGAGAAGCCUCUUGUUGAGCAGCUCCUGAAGGAGAUGUCCCAGUGCCUGUUAGACCUCAAGGCCCUGUGCAGCAUUCUCACCCAGAGAGCCCAGGGCAAGGAGCCCAACCUUGCUCUGCUGCUGGGAAUAAAGUCCAUGAACUGUUCAAGUGAAGAGACUGAAAAUGUUAACAGCGAGGAUAGUCUUGCCACCAAGCUUUCUGAAGUCUGUCAGUUACGAAAGGACAUUGAUGAACUGAGGACUAUAAUAUCAGACGGCUACGCUCAGGACAUGGGAGACAACUGCAUCACUCAAUGACAUUGUGUUGCCUCUCUGCAAUAAUUAACUGUGGUUUUUAAUGCUGCUUUUUCACACUCCUGUGCAAUUCCAUUACACACUGGAAGUUAGCAACUUGCAAAUGACUAAAGAGUCAGGCAGGAGCUUUGCAUUUUGUGUGCUAACAGAUUUGGAAAAAAAAAAGACCACAACAAAGUAGCAAGAGUUUUCCACCUGAAUGUGGACCCAAGCUGUGAAUUAGUAUACAUUUGAGUAAUGUUUUGUGACUAAGUAUUUAUUUAUUUUUUUUCUUUUAGAGAUGGUCGGUACCACAAAAUAUUUGUAGGGGUGUCUGCAAAAUACGUUUGUACUAGAAAUCCUGUAGUGCUGUUUAUUUUAACUUAUAUGGGUGAUAACUAGGGGUCUACCUAAUUCUCGAUUUUCGUGGAAAUCGGAAAAUUGAGGGGUCACUGCAAAAUUCAUCUUUUUAGGGGACAAUGCAUAGUACGGAGAGAGAGAGAAAAAUAAUAGAUAGGGUCUUUUUUUUUUAUUCCUUCGCUGUCCUGUGUGGAUUGCACUUUCGCAAAAAAAAGAAAAAACGUCCUUUGACAAAUAACAUUUAAAAAAAAUACUCCAAAGCGGUUAACUUUCUUGUUUACUGUUCACAUGACAACAAUGUUUUAAUCAGCCUAGUAUCAGUGUGUCUGUACUGGCUUUUCUGUGACCUGUACUGUACAGUAGGCAGUGGGACAAAGUCAGUGUUGAAUUGUUAUUUUGAUUAGGUUGCUAAAUAGUUUUCAGCAUUGGAGGUAAAAUACCAAAAAUGGACGACAAAGCAAAAAAAGCAAAGUAUAUUUCGGCUGAGGAUUGUGUCAAGAAAUGUCCCAAAUAAACUUUAAAUUGUUUUGCACUUCUUGUAAUGUGACUUUGGAGAAAUACGAUCGAUUGCUGUUUAGCUUCAGAACCACACAUUAAAUGAAAGGCUACUACAGUGGCUGCUAAACAGAACGUAAAACUACAACUUUAAAAGAAACUUGAAAGUUAGCACAAAAAAAGUAUUCCUGUCAGUUGUAGCCAAGUGAAAUCAGCACUACAGGUAUGAUCUAGCACAGCCACAUCGCUUCAAACAACCUGCUGCUUACUUAUUAAACGCAGUUAGAAUUUUAGACCCGAAUAGGCACGUUUUCUUUCUUUUGACUUGGUACUAAUAAAAUAAAUUCCUGGAUGGGACAAAUAACAUGACAAGGAAUGUGCUGCAUAAUAUGGACUGUAUUAUAGAAUGCCGGAUGCCCUUGGGUAACCGAGUUUUGGGACUGUUUCUAAUCGAUUUCCACGUAUAACUUGGCAAAGCUUUGCCUUACACUUCCAACCAAUUCCUACCAGCGAAAAAUAUGCAAGUUUACCGCGAUUUAAGUAGACCCCUAGUGAUAACAUCUCUUUGCCCGACACCACUUUUUUUUGCUCGACAAAAGCUUACUCAGAUACAGCAUCUUCCCAGUUCAGCGAAGAGACCAGACUGUGAAAUAUGACAUAUGAUGCUGCAUUCAAGUGCCUAGAUAUCUGACAGAUAUUCAACAUGCAUAGUUAUUUGAAAGAUUUAUUGGGGGGUUUUGCAUUAAGUUGUUAAUUGCUUCAGUCAGGACUUUUAAUACCCAAGCAAACCAACUGACUGCAUCGGUUCAGUCUGACAGAUGAGUCUUCCUGUGCUGUUGAUGAAUGACUGUGAGUCGCAGGUCGACAAGAACACGGAGUGGUGAAAUUGUGAAGCUACUGUACCUAACCGCAUGAUCCAGCUCUGCAGAAUUAGGCUUCUGUUAACUGGCUGUCUGUUUCCAAUCUGCUUGUGUGCACUGGCUAAACAGCGUUUCAGAUUCAGGGCAUGUUUUUUUUUUUUAAUGGCACAGAGUGAAAACCCAUGCCAUAUGUGAGGAGUGGGGAAUAGUUCCUACAGACUAUUUUGAAGUAUUUGUAAAAACAAAACAAAAGAUAAAAUUGUAUUGACUCACAUUGGUCCUCUGCAAGUUUCAAAAGGUUUACAGUUCAAAUGUUGGUCUUAAAAAUGGUAAAGGCACCUCUUGUCCCCAAAGUGUUUUUUUAUUUUUUUUAUUUUGUUUUAAUAUAUAAAGAAAGAUGUUUGUUACCUAUGUGUGUUCUUUUUAAAUUCACCUCUAAACAUACCUAAACAUAUUAACAAAAGGAGACUUGUUUAUUAACAAAAUAAUCUUGAAUUUUGCGCAGUAUUUUUUUUAAUGUGCAACCGUCUACAUUCGACUGUCAUUUGUACAGACUUCUGUACAAGUCCCCAUUAUGUUUUGCUAUUUAAAAUAUAUAGAAUAGGUUAUCGCCCACAUUUACUUCCAAAUGUAUUUUUUAUGUCCAAAAGAACAAUUUGUUAUCUAAACAACAAUGACUGAAAACACCCUUGCAUGUGGUUGUAUAUUAUGUAUGAAACCUAUUCAUUAUAGCUUUUAUAUUUCCCAAAUGGCUUGUCCUUCAAAGUACUGUCAUUUAACACAGCCAUGGAAUGAGAGCAGAUUUGAAUAGUUUGAUGCUUUCAGGUUUUUGAAAGGCCCAGUUUACAAAGAAUGUUCUUUUAGCAUUGUAGCAUUGCUCACAGGGUUUAGAAGAAUUUAAAAUGUUUUAUUUAAAAUGUGAACAUGUGUUGCUCCUUAAUGUAAUCACUUAUUGUGAUUUAAGGCUUCAUUUUAUUUUUAUAAUGCUUUUUUUGAAUCUACAUAUACUGUAACAGCCUAAGAUGAACCUCUAGUGUUCAGAAGUGCACUGACCUUGCUUCUUCAUUUCCAUCCUUUUAGAAAGGCACUUUCUGGUCUGCUGUUUUUGCAAAACAUUGUAUUGAACUUUUAAUAACUAGCUUUACAUAUUUUAUUUAUGGGUCACAAAGUGGUUCAAACUGGUCCUGUCAAACAUUUUUUAAUAAUAGUUUGCAUAGCUCACAGAAAAUGUUUUAUAGCAACCAAGGGUACAGUAUUUGUAUUGUAACUUUCCUAGCUUAAAAAGCUACAAUACAUAUUUUAAAUGAGUGAGUGUUGGUUUGAUUUGUUAGCAUGGUUGUAAUGGCUGUUUGAGGGACUAAGAACAUAUAUCCUAUUUUACUAGGGUAUUACAUAUUAAUAGCAUUACCUCUUGGAACAGAUUCGGUAAACUCAUGUGUUAUAAGAUACAUUCUAUCUUUAUAAAACUCAGUUAUUGCCUGGUGUCUACAUAAAAUAUAUAUAUAAGAAUGUAACACAACAGACAUCGAAUCAAGUUUCUUAUACUGAUGUGAACAAUAUGAGAACCGUAUAUAGGAAGCAGCAGAAUUGAUUGUACCCUGCAUUCAGACUUGUGUGUCUUACAGUCGGCUUACAGUACUACACGAUUUCAGAAAACUUAAUCUAAACACAUUAACACAUCGUUACAUGCAACCGGAAUAAAACCACAUUACAACGUUAUCUGAAAUCAAUAAUUCAUCAACAGUAAUGAACUGCCUGUCGUUUCCGCUGUGCCUUGUGAAAAAAAAGAAUUAAAGAAAUAAAUAAAAUAGAAACAGAAAGUAGCAUUUUAAGGUUGCAAAAAUAAGCCAUAAUGUUUCUGAUAAAGAAAGGAUUUUUCAGAAGGAAUCUUUUGUAUUAAGUAUAGUUUAAAAUCAAAGCCUUUGAGUAUAAGAAACAUAACGAUCUCCAAAACAAUAAUCACAUACUAUAUAUGGUAAUCCAUAAAGAACUCCAUGGAGCAGCUACAGUGUUAACUUUUUAAUUGCAUUCAUAUGGUUUUAUUUUGUAUCAACUAUACUGCAAGUAUGCAUGCACAAAACCAUUAAUGUAUUUAUGCACUACAGGUAUAGUCUGGGUAUACAAAAGUUGGUGUUGGGUGUAUUGUAAAACCUAUUACAGAUGUGGUUUUGUUCUGAAAACCUGAUGCAGCUCCACAUCAGAAACAGAAAGGGAUGCAUUGUUGCCAUGACCGAAUCUACCAGUACACUGCAAUAACGGAGGCCACUGGCUGGCAUCAUGUUAAUUGCAUAGAAAUUUUGUCUUGACUAUUUGUACUUUGUGUUAUUAUUUUAUUUUUUUUGCAUUUUAGUUUUGCAGCUAGAUUUUAUGAAUGCCAAAGUUCUAUUUAUAUAUAUAUAUAAAGAAAAUAUUAACAACUAGUAUUUUUCCAUGGGACAUGUUUUUGUUUUAAUUUGUACAUAAAUUAAAAUGUUUUUUUUUAUUAAAAGA